GGUUCCGGCGUGUGUGGGAUGUGUGUAUCGAGUGCGGAUGGAAAGUAGAAGGACUGUUUGAAAUUGACUGAAAUCCAAGAGGAUGUAUUUGUUUUAAAGGGACAAGAAAGAAGUACUGAGGUUUUAGGACGGUUCGGAAUAUAGGCAUUAACUGUCACGGCACGACCGAGCUACAUAACUACAGGUUAUCGUUGGUGAGAGGGAAGGGAACGGGAAGGGGAGGGGUUGGACAUGUUAGCAAAGUAGCAAGCUAGCUGGCUAGCUGCCUAAUGCUUGCUGGAAAGCUGCACCACGAAGCGAUUUAAAUACACAUUCAGCACGCUAAAGGGCACAAGUAAAUACAAGUACAUUCAGCGUGGAUUCUAUAAGUAUUUAGUUGCGAGGCUAUAUUAAAUUGCAUAGCGCAGGGCCCACGUUGCUCAUUCGAGUUUGGGGAUGGCGGCUGCGGUGGGCCCGGCGGAUGCAGCGGAGCUCAUAGACAUCUACGGUGAAGACGAUUUCAAUCAAAACAGUGGCGAGGAUGGAGAAUUUGUGGGAAGAGCCGAGCCGAGUGAUCUCUAUGACGAUGUACUGACAGGCUCCGUAAGUCAAGAUAGGCUGUUGAGGGAGGAGGCCACAUCUUCCAACAAGGCCCAGCCAACCAAACCUGAGAACAAACCUGCUAUACUGUACACUUACAGUGGUGGGCGGAGCAAGAGGCUGGCUGUCUAUGUGGGCAACUUCUCUUGGUGGACCACAGACACCGACCUGAUCAACGUGGCGAACCGGAUCGGGGUGAAGGACAUCCAGGAGAUCAAGUUUGCAGAGAACAGAGCCAACGGCCAGUCCAGAGGGUACGCCGAGGUGGUGGUGUCGUCCGAGUCCUCCCUGCAGCGGCUGCUGGAGUCCCUGCCCCACUCCCACAUCAACGGGGAGAAGGUGGACUGCCGCUUCGCCACCCGCCAGAACUUCUCCCUGUUCGAGUCCCAGGCCAAGAAGCGUGUCCCACAGCGCUCCAACUCUCGCGAGUCGGACUUCACCGACGGGCGGCCCCCCGGGUCCUCCCCCGAGCACCCGCCCCUCACCCACCCCCACCCACCCCACCCCCACCCUCCCCACCCCCACUCCAGUAAGCCCUCCUCCCUGCCCCCGCCCUUCUACGCCCGGCCCCCUCCCUUCGGCGGAGACCUGCCCCCACAUUUCCCACCCCCGCCGCCCCACAUCCCCCCUCCGCCCCUGCCCCACAUGUACCCCCCGCCGCCGCCCCACAUCCCCAGCCAGCCCGCUCCCACCCUCCACCUAAACCCCGCCUUCUUCCCCCCGGCUCAGGAGAGCUACAGCAGCACAGCCUACAGCCGUAACAGCAGGGACGCCGACGCCCCCACGCCCCCCAUGCCGGAGGGGGAGUACGAAGAGCUGAUGAACAGGAACCGGACCAUCGCCAGCAGCGCCAUCACCAAGGCUGUGACUGGGGCCACUGCAGGAGACUUCCCCCUGGCCAUCGAAACCCUGCUAACGGCCAUCGCCGUCAUCAAGCAGUCGCGCGUCUCCACGGACGAGCGCUGCCGAGCCCUGGUCACGUCUCUGAAGGACUGCCUGUUCUCCAUCGAGAGCAAGUCCUACGGGUCCAGGAAAAGGCACCGUUCCCGGGACAGAGACAGAGAGCGGGACCGGGAUCGGGACAGGGAGCGCGAGCGGGACAGGGAGAGGGAGCGGGAGAGGGAGGGCUCCCACAGCCAGUCCUGGGACAUGGCGGGCGGCGGCGGCGGUGGUGGCGGCGGCGGCGGCGGCGGGGGCGGGGGCGCGUCCCGCAGGCACCGGGACCGCUCGGCCAGCGGGGAGAGGGACCGCAUUCGGGAGAGGGAGAGAGAGCGACACAGAGAGUACAGGGAGCGGCAUCGCUAGGACGUUUUCCUGCCCUCCGACUCCCCCCCCGCCUCCCCCUCCCUCUCCCCAAAGUCACGUGACGGAGCGGGAGAGGGUCUUUUCUACUCGACGCUGCUGAGGAACGUGGGAUAGCUGGAGGACGGAGACGGAGAGAAAGAGAGACGCCGAGAGAAGGGGGGAGGGCGGGUUUUUACGGAAAGAGGGGGGAGGCACUGCUCAUUCCCCAUCCAGACUCAGCUGCAGCACCUGCUCCGAUCUCUCUCAGCCACGAGCGCAGCUCCUCUGAAGAACUCGGCCUUGUGCUCUCCACCUUGUUCUCUCUCUCGCUCUCUUUCUCCGUCUCUCUCUCCCUCUCGCUCUGUACAUACAGGUGUCCUUCGUGGAGAGCCUUUGUUUUAUUAGUAUUGUUUUGUGAUUUCAUUUUGAUUGCAGGAUAGUGGGCGUAGGGACGCGGGAGGCAACUUUCCCCCCCCCCCCCCCGACCCAGGACACCGCUAAGAUUUUUUGAUACGUCCGUUUGUGCGUUCGUUCGUCUGUAUUUUGUGUCCUUAUUUUUUCUUUUUUUUUUGUAAUAACUAAGAAACUGAAUAAAAACAAACAAAUCAGUUCAGCCACGAUAAA